AGAACACCUAUAGACACACCAUGAUCAGGACCCUACUUCUGUCUGCUUUGGUAGUUGGAGCUCUCAGCUGUGGGCUCCCAACUUACUGGCCCUCGGUGUCCAGGGUGGUUGGAGGUGAAGAUGUGAGGCCCAACAGCUGGCCCUGGCAGGUCUCCCUGCAGUACAGCUCCAGUGGCAAGUGGCGCCACACCUGCGGAGGGUCCCUGGUGGCCAACAACUGGGUCCUCACAGCUGCUCACUGCAUCAGCUCCUCCCGUACCUACCGCGUGGUGCUGGGUAGGCACAGCCUCUCCACCCAGGAGUCGGGCUCGCUGGCCGUCAGUGUCUCCAAGCUCGUGGUGCACAAGGACUGGAAUUCUAGCCAGCUCUCCAAAGGGAAUGACAUUGCCCUGCUCAAACUGGCUAACUCUGUUUCCCUGAGUGACAAGAUCCAGCUGGCCUGCCUCCCUCCUGCCAACACCAUCCUCCCCAACAACUACCCCUGCUACGUCACAGGCUGGGGGAGGUUGCAGACCGGUGGGGCUCUCCCUGACAUCCUGCAGCAGGGCCGGUUGCUGGUUGUGGACUACGCCACAUGCUCCAGCCCUGACUGGUGGGGCAGCACCGUGAAGACCAAUAUGGUCUGCGCUGGAGGCGAUGGUGUGAUCUCCAGCUGCAACGGGGACUCCGGCGGGCCACUGAACUGCCAGGCAGCUAAUGGCCGGUGGGAAGUGCACGGCGUGGUCAGCUUUGGGUCCACGCUUGGCUGCAACUACUACCACAAGCCCUCUGUCUUUACGCGGGUCUCCGACUACAUCGACUGGAUCGAAUCGGUGAUAAAGAAUAACUAACCAAAAGAAGUCCCCGGGACUGUUUCAGACUUGGAAAGGUCACAGAAGGAAAAUGAUAUUAUAAUAAAGCAAUAACUACGUGAAUCA